AUGAGAGGUGCUGCUUCGACCGGAGUAGUAAUGGUCAUGUAUCUAACUAAGGUAAUCAUUUGGGGUUGCAGAUGGGACGCAAUUAUGUCCGGGAAUGUAACGGUUAAAGACAUGGACCGGUUAGUGGCAUAUGAGAAAGCAAUGAUGACUUGGGCUAAGUGGAUUGAUCAGAACAUUGAUCCUUCCAAAACCAAAGUCUUCUUCCAGGGUGUUUCUCCGGACCAUGGCCGCGCAAGCGAAUGGUCGAAACAAGGUGGCAAAGGCAGUUGCAUUGGAGAAACAAAGCCGAUUAUGGGAUCGAAGUACUGGGCGGGACCACACCGAGCGGAGAUGGUGGUGGCAAAAGUGAUAAAGACAAUGAAAAAUCCGGCGCGGUUAAUGGAUGUGACAUUGAUGUCUCAGCUAAGGAAAGAUGGACAUCCUUCGGUAUACGGGUUUGGCGGUCACAAGAUGCCGGAUUGUAGCCAUUGGUGUCUCUCUGGAGUCCCGGAUAGCUGGAACCAGCUCUUGUAUUCUGAGUUGUUUCAUUCUUAAAAUUUUGAUGGUUAGAGUCAAAACACAAUUCAUUAUAUGAUUUAUGUUGGUGUUGUUUUACCCAUUUAUUGAUGACCUAAACAUGUUUAUUUAGAUUUUCAUUUUCUUUUGUCAA